AUGGGUGGCGGUCGUCGACGUCGCAUUGAACGGUCCUCUAGUAGUAUUGAUCGUCGUUACAAACGGCCAUGCAAUAGUUCAGAACGACAUCGACGGAAUGAAUCACGCAAUCGGCGCGCCCGUAGACGAUCGUGGAAUAAAAAAAAUUCUGAUCACUUCGUGGAUCUGAGUGACAUCAUUUCAAAAAAUAGCGCAAUUUAA